UCCGCCUCCCGCGACCCGCCCAGUGCUGCUCCGCCUCGGCUAGAACAGCACGCCGCUGCCGCUCCCGCUCCUCCACAGGACUUCCAGUAGUGUCAGGCCUGCGGAGCAGAGCGAGAGAUCUCCCGGAAUUUAGCAACAAAGAGCCGAACGGAGAGGAUUCACAGAUAAUGGCUGAGGGCGCGGAGAGAGCGGAGCCCGGGGACAGUGAGCAGGAUGAGGAGGAGGACGUGUACGAAGUGGAGAGGAUUAUUGACAUGAGAGUGGAGGAUGGAGAGAUUCUGUACCGUGUGCGGUGGAAGAACUAUUCAUCCGACGAUGACACAUGGGAACCAAAGGCCCACUUGGAGGACUGUACGGAGGUGCUGCUGGCCUACGAGAGGGUCCUGGCUGAGAGAAAAUCUCCUAAGAAGGACCCUGGAAUGCUCCCCAUGAAGAGUGACCUGUUCAAUGCGAACUCUGAGAGCGACAGCGAUAAAGAAAGGCCAAGAGAGUCACCUGUUAAGAAGAAGAAAAAAAAGAAGCACAUAGAAGAGGAUUCAGAGGAUGAAAAAUCAGUUAAAGAUAAGAAGAAAAAGAAGAAAAAAGAGAAAUGGAAGGAGGACAAACCAUUGCCUGCUCCUGAAUCCGAUGAAGAGGAAGACAAGGUUUCCACACCACCAUCUCCAAAGAAAGAGAAAACUACAGAUGUUAAGAAGAGAGUCAUUGAAUCUGAUGACGAAGAUGACGACGACGAUGAUGGUCCGUCUGCAGCCAAGAAACAUAAAAAGGACAAACUUAAAGAUGGUGGAAAACAAAAAAAGGAGGUUGAGGAGCGAAAGAAAAAAAAGGUAAAGUCAAGAAAGGAGCUUGAGUCCUCAGAGGACGAGACGGACAAGAGCGACGUACCAUCAGAGUCACACACUGAUGACACAACUGCUACAGACAACCUCAGCAGCACUCCAGUAAAAACUGUAUCUCCCAAAUCAACAGAGAGGUCUUCUGGGGUAGAUCAUUCCAAGGCCAAGCAAAAGAACAAAAAAACGGAACUGAAGCUGCAAAGUUUUAAAGAUCUCGUUCAGGAGAAGAAGCCCAAAAAAUCAGAGAGACCGGCUCCUGUGCUUAAAGAGAGCGGCCUGAGCAAACUAAAGAGUUUAACUAGCAGUAAAAGCAGUAGCAAGUCAUCCCGCAGCGAGGAAGACCCUGACUCCGGUGAUACAGCAGCCACAGCAAAACCAAAAAGCAAAGGCAAAAGCCAGGAAUCAAAUCUCACUCAUCAGAAGGAUUCUCUAUCUUCUUCUUCUACUACUUCUUCAGCUGUAGCAUCAUCCAAUAAGUCCAGAGAAGAUGAGACAAGGGAAGAGGCUGGGGAGAAAGGUGGAACCCCAAAUAAUCUGUUUGAAAAGUUCCUGCUGACCUGUGAGGCCAAGGAUCGUGUCCCCAGGAAGCCAGCUCCUCAUACAACACCAAAGAAUUCGGGGAAGACUGACAAAAAGGUAAAACCGACCAAGGAGUCUCCAGUGCAGUCAGAAAAGGCAAAGGAGGGAUCAAGACCUGGCCAGAGUCCUGUGUCCAUGGAUGCAGAAGAGAAAACUACAGAGUCUGAGAAGAGUGACCGGAUGGAUGAACCACCCCCAAAGACAAAGGAGGAGAUUCAGCGUGAACAAAAAGAAGAGGAACAGCGAAGAAGAAAAGAGAGGAUGGAAGAAGAGGAGAGAAAGAGGAAAGAGAGGGUUGAAGAGGCCCAAAGAGAUAGAAAGGCGAGGAUGGAAGAGGCACAAAGAGAGAGACAGAGAUUGGCAGAGGAGGCACGGUUAGAUCGCGUGGACCGGAGGUCUAUGUCGGAGGUCAUGGCGUCUCCAGAGUCUACAGAGGACACUAGGUGGAAGGACAGGAGAAGGAGAAGGCGAGAGGACAGUGAGUCACGCCUCCUCAUUGCCUGUGAUGACAAUCAGGACUCUCAGGACCCCCUGGAACGCUCUGACAAAACUCCUGACAGGGGGCCUCCUUCUUUAAACCUUGGUGUGGAGCUGAAACUGGACUGGAUGACACUGGAGGAUUUCCAAAAACACUUGAAUGGAGAGGAUGAGAAUCUCUCCCCCUUAGCCUUAACUCCUGGUGAGCUGCGGGAAGCUGUAAAAAAUGGCAAUUAUAUGGCUGUAAAACGUGCACUGAGUUCCAAAGAAGACUACAAUCUGGAUCAAGAGGACUCCAGCGGUAUGUCCCUCUCUAUGCUGGCUGCGGCAGGCGGGCAGGACGACAUCCUCCGGCUGCUGAUUAAGAAAGGAGUAAAGGUGAACGGCCGGCAGAAGAAUGGAACCACUGCCCUUAUGCACGCUGCUGAAAAGAAUUUCCUGACCACAGUGGCCAUUCUCCUUGAGGCAGGAUCUUGCCUGAAUGCACAGACAAUAGGCGGGGAGACGGCCCUUAUGAGGGCAUGUAAAAGAGGUAAUGCUGAUGUAGUUCGCCUCCUGCUGGAGUAUGGAGCUGACUGCAACAUCCUCUCCAAGCACAAAAACACAGCCUUGUACUUUGCCAAGCUCAGCAACAACCUCGUUGUAAAUGACCUCAUCAAAGACCAUAUCCAGACGUUAUCAACAGUAGCAGAGGAGACGAUCAGAGCGUAUUUUGAGUCACGGUUAGCCCUGCUGGAGUCUGUGUUUCCUCUGGCCUGCCAUCGUCUGUGUGAGGGGCCAGAUUUCUCCCUGGAAUUUAAUUACAAACCUCCCCCACAUCCACCUGGAGAGGGAUCAGGAAUCUUGCUCUUCAUCUUCCAUGCUAACUUCAUGAGUGAGAUCACAGCCAGACUCUGCGGGCCCUGUAGCGUCCACGCUGUCAUCCUUAAUGACAAGUUUCAGCUGCCCAUCUUCCUUGAUAGCCACUUUAUUUAUUCCUUUAGUCCUGUUCCAGGAGCCAACAAACUGUUUAUUCGCCUUGCUGAGUCGCCCACAGCUAAGGUGAAGCUUCUCAUCUGUGCAUACAAAGUCCAGCAACAGUGAUGCUCAGGCCACAUUUGCUGGUUCAUCCAGAAUCUCAGCCACUCUAAGAACUAAAGAGAGCCAUUACUCAAACCUGUACUCUCUAUGCCACCAGGAUUGCCAAGUGGAAGGGGCAAUGUAUGUUCAAAUACUGUUCUGUUUAAAUUGCCUUCCUGGACAUGAAGGCCCAAGGACACUACCUGGUCUAUCACACAAAACCUGCAAAGUGUCAUUAUUAGUGUUUUAUUAGUCUUUUUAAAAAAAGAGCAUUUGUUUUUGUUCAAAAUAUUUUGGAUGGCUUUUGCAGCUCUAAAAAUACAGGUGAGAGGAGUGGAUAUUGAUCAUUGAUUAAAUGGUCUUUGGAAAUUAUGUUUGUAAAGGUUUUUCUUCUUUUAAAUAGAUAAUUUAUCACUCCAGAUUUUCCUAUAGUUCUGUUUUUCUUUUUGGCGCUUAUCAAUCUUAUUUUGCCUAUUGUGCUACGUGUAUGUCAGAGAGAGGAGGAGAAGGACAGCAGGAGAAAAAGUGGCUGGGUCACGCCCCUCUGAUGAUUUCAACUUUUAGGACCAGGAGAAUACAGGACCCAAGCUCUUUUAAUCAUUAAAGCUGAUUCUUUAGUCCAGCCCAUUGUUUUGCCCUUUUCUGGAUUUUAUACAAAACCUAAUAUACAUAUCUUGGACAGUAAAUAAGUGUAAAAUUUGUGUAGGAUAUUACUAUACUUAUGAAUUCUGGAUUUGUUCAGGAACUGUAUGGGUAAAGUGCGAGAUCUAUUUUAAGGGCUAGGAUCUGCUCAGAGCUUGUCAGCAGUGUUUGACAAUUUAAAUUUAGAAACUUCAUCUCUAAUUCUAAAAUCCACUGGUGAUGAUUUUAUAAAGUAAUUUUCUUUUUUUUCUCCACUCUUUCAUGCACAGUUUCUGAGUGUGUCAUCGACUGAACAUUGCUUUGGGUUUAAGUGGUAUAUAUUUUUUAUUAUUAUUAUUUAAUUUUGUUUUUCCCCACUCCACCCUACUUCUCAUUUCCAUUUUCACAGACAUUCAUCAUAAACAGUUAAGAGCAGGCUGGGCGUCAAGAAGUCCACUACAGGGCACGAGUUGAACUUAUUUUCCCUUGACCGUACAGUAACUUUAUUCCACUGUGGUUAUUGUUUAACACUUUUCAUGAGUCUUUUUCAGUGUGGACCGUGUGUGGUAGAGUAAAGGAGUGAGAGAAUGCACGUAGCUUGGCUUUCACUUCAAAUAAACUGUACAUAAAUUUCCA